AUGGAGUUGGCUUUGAGCUUAGGAGACACGUCAAAGGCUUUCACUUUUCUUGAUAAGGCAACAAAUUUAGGGUCCAAAGACCCACCUGGGUUCUGCAUAGCACCCAGUUUCACUGCAGGGAAAGCCUCAGAAGACAAAAGAAGCGAUGAUGAAAGAAGGGGUUCCUCAGAUCCACCUGUUCAACUCAACCUUCUUCCUUUCACUCCCGUUCUAAGAUCCCAACCUUCUUCCUCUCACCUUCCCAUUCCUUGGCUCACUCAAGCAUGCGGGUCGGCGAGGGUGUUGGACGUGAACCUUUUUCCGGGGGCCGGGGCGGCGGAAGACGGCGACGAGGGGACGUCGCUGUCGUCACCUAACAGUGCGGUGUCACCGUUUCAGAUGGAUUUCAGUAUGAGGAAUGGUAAUGUGGAGUUUGGAGGGAGAAACAGGAGAGAGCAAGAGGGUGAGGGCGAGAGAGCGAGUUCUAGAGCGAGUGAUGACGACGAGAACGCUUCAACUCGCAAGAAACUCAGACUCUCAAAAGAACAAUCAGCUUUUCUCGAAGAAAGCUUCAAAGAACACACCACUCUCAAUCCCAAGCAGAAACUUGCUUUGGCGAAGCAAUUGAAUCUUCGUCCUCGUCAAGUGGAAGUAUGGUUUCAGAACAGAAGGGCAAGGACAAAGUUGAAGCAAACGGAAGUGGAUUGUGAGUAUUUAAAGCGAUGCUGUGAGACCCUGACAGAAGAGAAUAGGAGGUUGCAGAAGGAACUACAAGAAUUAAGAGCCUUAAAAACUUCUCAGCCAUUCUACAUGCAGCUUCCAGCUACCACACUCACCAUGUGUCCCUCUUGUGAAAGGGUGGCCACUAAUUCCUGCACUGCAACCACAACCACCACCGUUAACAAUGGUUCUCAAAUCCCGACAGAGUUAUCUCUUAGUAAGCCCAGAACAUUGCCCUUCUCUAAUGGCCAGGCCCAAGUACAUCAGGCCCAGGCCCAUCACAUGGCCUCUUCAUGA